AUGUUACGAAAAGGAUUUGCCACCUUACUUGAGAAGAAAUUUUUAGUGAUAUCGGCUCAAUAUUCUAGAAAGUUGAGCAUCUCUUCUCCUCUUGAACCUGAAGGACCAACAAUCAAAACAACAGUCCCUGGACCCAAAAGCAAGGAGUUGCUAAAAGAACUUUCAGCUUUACAGCAAGCUGAUUCUGUACAGCUAUUUGCUGACUAUGACAAGAGUAUUGGAAACUACUUUGUUGAUGCAGAUGGUAAUACAUUUUUAGAUGCCUUCACACAAAUAUCUUCUGUACCUCUUGGAUACAAUCAUCCUGAGUUGCUGACAACAUUUGAUGAUAAACAUAACUUGAGAGAGCUAAUAAACAGGCCAGCUCUUGGUGUAUUCCCAGGACAAAAUUGGCCUGAUCGAUUAAAAAAUGUAUUGAUGUCAGUGGCGCCUAACGGUGUCAAUGGAAUUGCUACCAUGAUGUGUGGAUCGUGUUCUAAUGAGAAUGCUUAUAAGACCGUCAUGAUGUGGUACCGUAACAAGCAACGAGGUGGUAAUGUUGAUUUUACACCCGAAGAGCUCGCGACUUGCAUGCUUAAUCAACAACCAGGUUCUCCAAAUUUAUCCAUAUUGUCCUUUAAGGGAGGUUUCCAUGGACGUACAUUUGGUGCAUUGUCCACAACGAGGUCAAAACCAAUACAUAAAUUGGAUUGUCCUGCAUUUGAUUGGCCUGUCGCUCCCUUUCCAAGAUAUAAAUAUCCCCUCGAUCAACAUGUAUCUGAGAACCAACAGGAAGACGCCAAAUGUUUAGAACAAGUAGCAGAUGUUAUUGAGAAGUAUAAUAUAAAUGGUAACCCUGUAGCUGGUAUAAUAGUGGAGCCCAUCCAAUCUGAAGGGGGUGAUCAUGAGGCAUCUCCGGAAUUCUUUCAAAAACUACAGAAGAUAUGCCAAUCAAAAGGAGUUGCAUUGAUCAUAGACGAAGUUCAAACUGGGUGUGGACCGACAGGCAAAAUGUGGUGCUAUGAACACUUUAACUUGCCCUCCCCGCCCGAUGUCGUGACAUUUAGUAAGAAAAUGCUGACAGGUGGAUUUUACUUUAACACUGAGUUCAGACCACCUCAAGCCUACCGAGUAUUCAACACAUGGAUGGGUGAUCCAGGAAAACUUAUCUUACUGGAGAGAGUAUUAAAGGUGAUAAAGUCUCAAAACUUACUAAAUGUCGUUAAUGAGAGUGGAAAGACUCUUAAAAAUGGUCUACUUGAACUUGAGAAGGAAUUUCCACACCUCAUAAAUAGCGUUAGAGGACGUGGUACAUUUUUAUCCUUCAAUGCACCAACGACUGAUUGCAGAGACAAAAUUAAUGCUGACUUAAAGAAAAACGGUAUUCUUAGCGGCACAUGUGGAGAGAUUGCCAUAAGGUUACGCCCGGCACUUAUUUUUCAACCAAAACACGCGGGCAUAUACUUGGAUAUACUGCGUAAAACUUUGAAAAAUAUCAACUAA